CGUGCAGAAGUUGGAAGUUUUGGUAGUCCAUGGCCAUGGAAAUCGUAGUCGGAGACCGUACAUCAGUUAUAGUAGAGAAGGGUCAGAAGGCUGUGUUUGGACGAGGAAAUGCGUACACCACCGACGACCGAACGGUGUCUCGCCGUCACGUCUCUUUCGUUUCUGAGAAUAACCAAACAAAGGCCUGCGUUUCGUUUGAGGUUCUGGGAAAGAAUCCCAUGUGGACCCGGAGCGAAAAAGAUGGAGAAGUUAGGGUUUUCAGGAGGUCGGAGAAGGGUGAGGUGGCGGCCGGUGAUUGGUUCUGUGUGUCUGGGAAGAAACCCGUUUGGUUUAGAGUGGGAAAGGUUGGGGUAGAUGAGAGAGAGAAUAGGGUUUUGGAGAGUGAGCUUGAGUUGGCUGAGGGUUCGGGAAGUGGGUCUGAAUUGGAGAGUCUCGAUUUUUCCGGCAUUGACCCUGUUAAAGAGCUUGGUUUUGUUGUAAUGGGGCACGAGUUUGAUCACUGUCCAAAGCAAAUGAUCCGUGAUGUAAAGAAGUGGAACUGGUUCCUCGAGGAACCUGGAAAAGAAGGUGACGAUGAUGAUGGAUUUGAGAGGAAGGAGAGGAGGGGUGUGCGGAGAAAGAGGGGAAAAGGUGAAGAAAAUGAGGACGACGAGUGGACAGGGGAGAGUGAAGCUGAUGAAGAGGCUGUUGCAAAACUAAGAAAGGUAAAUACACCAAAAUAUUCUACAAGAUCAAAGGCGCGUAACAAACCUCAGAAGGAUACAAAGAGGGGUAAAUGUUCUGCGCACAAGAAGACUCCUGGCGUGGAUGAAGAGGGAAUGGAAGAUGAAGAUGACGAAACGCUCGGAGGCUUCAUUGUUGCUGAGGAGGACAUGGAAGAAGACGAGCUAGAGGAAACGGAAGACGAGGAGGAAUUUGUCGAAGAUGAUGAUGAAGAAGAGUAGAUGAUUAACACAAGCAAGUUUUGAAUGUGAAUAAGAUGGGUAGUUGGUUUUACAUUUUCCAAACGUAGCAUAUGUACCAUGAUAUACGGAAUGUUUUUUUCUAUCUUUUCCUCAUAUUGGCUGGAGUUAAUGUUCCUUUUAUGGUUGAAUUUUGCAAAUUUAAAAAUCCCAGUUUUUUUUUUUUUUU